UCGUUUAAUUAAUUAAUAUUGAUUUGUGUAUUCAAUCAAAAAAACAAACAGCAAAGAAAUAACUCGAGAAGCGAAAAUUAACAGAAAUAUUUGGCUUUCUGUGGUUUUGAAAUUGUGAUCAUAGAUAGGCAAAUUUUCUUUGACUUCAUAGGCUUUACAUUAGCUAAUUAUUAUAGAAAAAUUCACGUUAAGUGGAUAUUGAGUUCACUUAAUCAUACUCCUGUCAAAAACGCGAGCAUUCCAUUCAUUUGAUCCGAGUAUACGCCUUCCCAGGGGCUCAGUUCUGCCUCCGCAAGCUUUUAUUAAUUUGCAUUUCCAUUUGAAACAAGUCAUUCAACUAAUAACUCGCACCUGCCGCCGCUGUCAUUGCCUUAGAUGAAUAUCUGUGUUUUAGUAAAAUGGGGAAAUCAAAUAUUCACGACCAGCGUGGACCAGUUUUCAGCAAUUAGCACUGCCUGGAAAAUUAUAUAUUAAAAUAUUUGCGCGCCUAAUAAGAGGCCAAUAGGCGGACCGACUUCCCAGCCAGACAAUAGCGAGUUAGCACCUGUGAAUCUGAAGCAUAAAGUCUCUGUGUAUACAGUUGGUCCAACAAAGCGGCGGCGAGCGAAUCUGUCUGGAGUUAACAGCUAAAUCUUAUGACUGCCAAUCUGGCGUAAUGUUUGCGACCUGCAAAUAGGGACUAACAAUCAGAUAGUGCAAUGGGACGGAGCAGUACUUAUUAUCUGCUUUAAUCAACCUCCUCCUGGCUUAUCGAUGGAGCCCUAAUCAGCGCGAGCGUGAUUUGUGAUACGAUAUCAAGGGAGAACUUCGAGACUAAAAAAUGCUCUUCUAGAGAGGCGCCACUGGAGCAAUGGUCAACGAGUCGCCAGUCCGAGGUGGCGGCACCACCACGCCACCACACAUCCUACCCAAUGAGGUCGAAACGGAUGCGGCCAAGCGGAUGGCAGCUGGGCCACCAACAGUGCCAGCAAGCAGCGACAUCAUCGGCGACGUCGUGGGCGACUUCGGGAUCUGGCAGCUUAGAACGAUCCUCAUCAUCUUCCUAUGCAAGAUCCCCGCCGCCUGGUUCAUGGCCUGCAUCAUAUUCACCGGUCCUGAGCUGUAUCCCGGCUCGGAGUUCACCUGCGAUACCAGUUACCUUGACAGCGGAGGCAACUCCAGCUAUAUCGUCUCCGAAAACCAAUGCUACGUGAUGGAUGGCGCUACGGGCAGCAGCAGCGAGUGCGAGCAGUUCACCUAUGAGAGCAGCUUCGACUCCCUGAUCAUGCAGUUCAACCUGGUCUGCCUGAGGGACAUCUUCGUGGCGUGGACCCAGUACUGGCAUCUGUUCGGGGUGCUCGUCGGCGGCGUUAUGGGCACCAAGAUGAUGCUGGGCAUCAGCCCCAGGAGCACCUACUGCGUCGGGGCCGUGGCCCAGAUAGUGUGUGGAGUGGUCACCGGGUACGCCCGUGACUUCAGUCUGCACUGCGCCUUCCGCUGCCUGUCCGCCGUCUGUUGCGCGAUCAUGUUCACCGCGGGACAGGCGAUAUUUGCCGACAUCACGGCGGGAAUGCAUCGCAUUGGGGCCAUCAUUCUGUACGACACCUUCUGGUCCAUUGGCGUCAUCCUGCUACCGGGUCUCUCAUCGUUCUUCAACAGCUGGUCUCUGAUCUAUGUGGGUAUAACCUUUCCCACCGUCAUGCUGAUCGUGCUGCUCUACUGGACCCCCGACUCGCCCCGUUGGCUCCUCCGGCAUGCCGUCGACCGCGUCUCCAUUGACAACGUUGAGGAGAUCAUACGAGAGGGGGCAGCUAUCAAUGAUCGCACCUUCAAGAUCCCACCCGACUUCCGCCAGCAGCUGGAGCAGCUGAGUGAGCGGCUGAAGGCUCAGCCCCCACCGGCCCCCUGGCGGGAGCUCUGGCAGGGCAAGCGGGCCAAGACGCACAUGGUGGCAGCCCACCUGGCUCUGGCCUUCUUUGUGAUCAACUUUAUGGGCAUGCUGCUCAACAUCCGAUCGUUCGGCAGGGACUACCUGGUGCCGAACACGAUUGCCAUGGGCUUCUCGGAAAUCAUUGGCUGCUUUCUGGCCCUUCACUUCGCCCUCAAGCACAACAAGUGGAAGUGGCAGUGCGCUGGCGUCUUCAACAUCCUAGCUGGAAUACUGGGCUGCAUGGGUUGGAUCUUCACCAGCGCAGACUCCAUGGAUGCCGACCUGAAGGUUACACUGUGGAUGAUCAUUGCCACCAUACCCAAGGCUGCUGUCUCGUGUGCCCAGUCCAUGAUUCUGGCCUGCAUGAACGAGCUGAUGCCGGCGAACAAGAAGCAGCUCUAUGUCUUCUCCGUGGUCACCUGGGCGCGGGUCUGGCUCCUGUCAGCCCCGUUCUUCAACGUCCUGAGGAAGAUUGACACCGCCAUGUCACUGACAUCAUACUGUGUGUUCAGUAUCCUGGGUGGAAUAUGCACUUGUCUGCUCCUCACGCCCAGAACCAGUGUGGCUCCGGUUGUGCCUGCGGUGGAGCCCAGUGACAAGAAGGAGCAGUCCCCGCUGAAUGCUCCAGUGUGGACCAUUGAAUCGGAUGUGAAUAACACUCGACUGUAGGAGGAGAAAAAAGCUACUCUUUGUUGCCAAUUAAUAGACAAGUAUUUGUAUUACUCAGCUAAUGAAACAUUUUUCUGUGAUUAGGUUAAGUGAAUUGUUAUGCUAAAUAUUUGCAGCUAUGCUAUAUCGUAUAA